AUGCCGGUCUUGUACCUAGCUACCACUGUUAUUCACCUUUGGAUUCUCCCUUGCCAGAACUCUGAGAUCGGGUUUGACGCCGAUAGUAACAGCGGAGACGAGUCAACGAGCGACCAAGACUGCCAAUCCGUCACCUCUUUUCUUGCCCCCUCCUCCCCUCCACGAGCGGACCCGACCAGCAUAGAGGACGACAACUCCCAGCACCAACUGUCCGCUCUGGAGACCAGCAUCCAGAACAUCGAAGCCGUACUCAAUCGCCUCCUCAACCAACAACCCCCUGCCCCUGCCCUUGCACCAGCUCCAGCAGUGGGUCCAGGUGUUUCUGCUGGCUCGCAGUCGAACACUGUGCGCCCCCUCAUCCGUCCCAACCCCCCCUUCUUGUUCGAUGGGGAUCGCACCUUGGGCAAGAGCUUCUUGCACUCGGUGAAGCAGUACUGGCGACUGCUCCCCGAGGCGUUCUUCGUGAACGGGGUAGUCGCUGAGGAGAAGGUAGUCCGCUUCACCCUCUCCUACAUGUCCAAGGACUCGGCGGCCUCCUGGUCUGAGCGCAUGUCCGAGCGCACCCCGUUCCCGUUCCCUACUUGGGCUCUCUUCGUCACCGAGUUCAAGCUCCGAUUCGUCGAGGAGAACGAGCAAGACCAUGCCUUGGCGCAACUGGAAACCCAUCAGUAUUAUAUGGGCUCCCGCAAUGUAUUCAAGUACAUGGACGAAUACGACGACCUCCUUGACCUCGCCGGUUAUACCGACAACCUGGUCAAGGUUACCAAAUAUAGGACGGGCCUGGACCCGAGGAUCAACCAGGCCAUCACCACCUCUGGCAAUCCCCCCAGCCUCACUGACUACGCCGAAUGGUGUAAGGGCAACCUCGAGACCCGAUCUCAGAGUUCUGGCAAGGGAGAAUCCAAAGAGAAACCGUGUUGGGGAUUCUCCUUGCCAGGCGCCACUAUUUAUAUGAUACAAGAACAAUGGAGCGCGCAGCGACAAACAAGAACAAUGGGGACAAUAAGUACAACGGCCAUGACAGAACAAUGGGAGCGGGGACAAUAG